GCGCCGAAGAGUCCCCGCCCCAGACCAUAAAAGGGGCCGAAGGGAGGGAGCGAGCGUGAGCCAUGGCGGCCACCCGGCUACCCCCGACGGCCUUAAGCCUGAAGCAGUUCCUGAGAAGACAGCAGGUUCUUCAGUUAUACAGAAAAAUCCUCAGAACCAUUCGUCAGAUCCCCAAUGAAGCAGAUCGUUGCUACAUGAGAGACUGGGCGAGGGAAGAUUUCAAAAGGAAUAAAGAGACUACAGAUGAGGAUACAAUUAAGAUGAUGAUCACUCACGGCAACCUACAGCUUCAGGAGCUUGAGAGAACACUAAAAUUGGCAAAAUCCUAGGCUUAAUUCUGCUUACAAGUUAAAACAAUUUUUCCUUGUAGCUAACUGCAAAGACAUUAAGUGGGAGGAGCCGUGCUGAUAAUCCAAAAAUGCCUUGUGUAUACUUCUCAAAAGUUUGAUGGAAGACCUGCUGAAUACUCUGUGAGGUAUAAAUACCAUAUGUCUAAAGAUUAAGAUGCAAUAAGAAUAAAAAGACAAGCAAUAACAGCAACAUCUGGACAAUCCAUGUGAAAAGUGCAAAAGUAGAGAAAGGGAAUUUGAUAUCUUAGAUUUAUGAAUUACACUUGUAAAUACAAGAAUACCAUCACUCAUUGGAACAAUUUACUUUUACAUGUAUUAUGUUUACCUAGAGAGUUCCACAAAGUAAAGAACUGAAUGUUUAUCAGUGCUGCACAAAGCUUUGAAGGGAUGAUUUAAUGAGAUAUAAAUAUGCCUUUGAACUGAAUCGUUGAAUUUCAUCUCCAAGGUAAUAAAGGUAGUUCAGAGUGGCUUCAGUCAAUUUGAAGAGGGUUCUAUGGACUUCUGGUACUUUCUGGCUUCGGUGUUGUAUUCUUUUUCUUCUAAAAACAAACUAAGUUGAAGGAGAAUGGAAUGUUUUCUUACAUUGACAUGAGUUGACCAGUGUUUAUUAUAUAUAAGUUUAUUUGCAACCAUAGGUUUUAGCAAAAUAGUUAGCCAGUACAUUUUAUCUCUUUCUAGAACUAUGCCUAUGGAAGUAGUUCAUGUACUUGGGUGAACAAGUAUAGAGUGGAUCCAAUGUUGCUGUUAUAUAUCUCUGGCUCUUUAGAAUUUGUUUAGGCAAGUUUAUUUGUAAAGAGAAAAAUAAAGAGAUCCAGUUUUGUUA